GUCACACUGUCAAGGCCAAGAAUAAGCUCGAAAGAAAACUUGAAAAAAUAAAAAACGUCAACAAAAAAAAAGAAGGAAAUGCCAGAAGAAAAAAAGAGCUAGACGGCAUUGCAUGCUGUUUUUCUCUGGUGAUCAUUUGAAAAAAGCCGUGCCACAAAGAGGUUAUCUAAAAACAAAAUGACUAUACGAACGCGAAGGAGUAUUUCCUUUGCCGGCUGUGGAUUCCUGGGUAUUUACUACGUGGGCGUAGCCUACUGCCUGCGCCAACACGCCCCCCAACUUUUGCUGGAGAAGAUUGCCGGCUCAUCCGCCGGAGCAUUGGCCGCCUGUUGCCUGGUCUGCGAUCUGCCGCUGGAAUGCAUGGCCGGUGACUUUUUGCGGAUUGUCCACCAGAUCCGGCGCCACGCGCUGGGCGCCUUCAGUCCGUGGUUCAAUCUGCCGGAGUGCCUCCUCGAGGGGAUGCACCGCAGCCUGCCGGCGGACGCCCAUCGACGGGCCAGCGGACGACUCCACGUUUCCGUCACCCGCGUCAGCGAUCGCCGCAACGUGAUCAUCUCGGAGUUCAGCUCCCGCCAGGAACUCCUCCAGGCCCUCAUGUGCUCCUGCUUUAUUCCCGGACUGUCCGGACUGGUGCCUCCGCAGAUCAGAGGAGUUCGCUAUAUGGAUGGCGCCUUUUCCGACAACCUCCCUUUGCUGGACGAGCACACUGUGACCGUGAGUGCCUUUUGCGGGGAGAGUGAUAUAUGCCCGCGGGAUCAGAACUCCCAUCGGCUGCAGCUGAACAUCCAUUGGUCGAACACUUCCAUCCGGUUAUCAAGAAGGAAUUUGCGACGCCUGAUGCAGAUCGUGGUGCCGGGAAGACCGGACUUCAUAGCCAAUGUUAGCCAGCAGGGCUACGAUGAUGCGAUGCGUUUCCUGCGCAGAAAUACCCUGGUCAAAAAUGGAAUUAAGGUUCAAGAAAGGGGCAUGAUAAGUUGGAUCCAUCAGCAGGAGAAGAAGGAAAAAGAGCGAGGGGAGAUGACAAAGUAUCUAGAAAAGGAGCAGCGAGAUUCAAAAACUAUAAAGAAAAGGGAUCAAAAGCCACGAGAUCAGCAGAAUAAUAAACAGCAAGAUCAGGUUAACCAAGUGGAGAAACAUCGAAGAAAUCGUAAGUCGAAGCUUCUGCAAAAACCUAAGAAAAACCAGAAGAACAAGACAAAGUAUGAGAAAUGCCAGAAAAAGGAGGCCAGGAAUCAGGAGCAUGGCCAUGGGCUCAAAGAAAAGAAGAAUCGCAGCAAACUGGAUGGGAAUCAAACUGGAACCCAGGAGAAAAAGCGCAAUUCGUCGCUUCAGGAGAAGCCCAUUCACCAGGAUCACAGUGCCAGCUCCCUUAUGAGAUCCACCUGGUCCCUGCUGCGCAGCGUGAUAAUCGCUCCGCCGCUGGCCAGGCACAUGGUCGAAAUGAUCACUCUUCGCCUCAGCCAGAGUCUCACGCUCUGCGAGCAGCCGCACUUUGAUCUCGCCCUGAUGCACACACCCUCCUCCUGCUCAUCCUCCUCGUCGAGCAGCUGCUGCCCCUCAUCGACGCCACUGGGUGAUAGCGAUAACGACAAAGUCAAGGCCAACCGAACGUGCGAGGCCAACCAAGUGGGAGCGGAAGAUCGGGUGGCUGAUCAAGGGGAGCGCACCGGCGUUCAUUAGGCGCCAUUAGCUUUAUCAGCGAUCGUCAAUCGAUCAGUUCCCAAUUUGUUUUUAUGUCUGUUCUCGUUAAUCUUUUAUUUCAUGGUCCAAGGCUUGUUUUUUUUUUCUUGUUUUAAAUAUCAUGGUUUUAAGUGUUUUUACAUUGUGUUUAUACUAACUGCUGUAACAUAAAUAAAGAUAUGCAAAUAUUGUGUUUAUACUAACUGCUGUAACAUAAAUAAAGAUAUGCAAAUAAUUAUUUAAA